AUGGCGCAAACCAAUGACUCAAAAGCCUCCCCCUAUGAGCUCUACUACAACCCCUUCUCCAUCUGUUCGUUGAUGGUGUUGUACACCUUGCGUGUGAAGGGGGAGCCAAAAUCGGCUGCAGACGCGGUCGACCCCGAAGAACGCUUCAUUGACAUCUACACCGGCGAGCAGAUGACUGAGUCGUAUCUGGAGAAACAUCCCAAGGGCACGGUCCCGGCCCUCCUCGCUCCGUCUCUCGGUGUCAAACUAAUCGACAGCACGGAUAUCACCAAAUACCUCUGCGAUCGGUAUCCUAGCCUCGUCCCCGCGGCGCACAAGCAGACGAUUGAAUCCCUGCUCGAGGAGUUACACGAGAUCUCAUACGUGACCAUCUCGUUCAAACCCGAGGACCGCCGCACCGAGGGCGUCAUGGAGGCUGUUCGUGAGAUCAUGGCUCAGCCUGAUACUUCUCCCCGAUAUCGCGAGAUGCUGCAGGUUAAGCUAGACGGUCAUCAGAAGAGGCUCCAAACCUUUCAAGACAAGAACCAAUCGGUGGCCAGCGUGGAAGCGGACUCGAGAAGGUACCUGGAGAAGAUCAGCCAGCUGCUCUGCUCCAAGCACGGAGGCGGACAAGAACACCAAGAACAGACCUGGAUCUUCGGCGACGAGGUCGGCCCCACCGCGCUGGACGCCCACACGGUCGUCUUCAUCGCGAGGCUCCUGGACGCCGAGCGCGCCCACUUGAUCCCAGAGGACGUGCUCCGGUACGGGAAGCCGAAGCUGGAGUCGGACGCGUGGUUGGGCAUCACCAAGGGGAACCCGACGUUGCACACGCUCUGGGAGAAGCACCAAGGGCAGCAGAAGAAGUAG